UUGGGUGUAGUGUACACUGAAGGUGGCUUUGUAGAAGGCGUCAACAAGAAGCUUGGCCUUUUUGGUGACUCUGUGGAUGUCUUCAAGGGCAUCCCUUUCGCUGCUGUCCCCAAGACCCUGGAGAACCCACAGCAACACCCUGGCUGGCAAGGGACUCUGAAGGCGAAAGAAUACAAGAGUCAGUGCCUGCAGAUCCACAGGUUUCAGGGCAAAACAGAAGGGUCAGAGGACUGCCUGUACCUCAACAUCUGGGUCCCCCAGGGCAAGAAGGAAGUCUCCAGAGACCUGCCUGUCAUGGUCUGGAUUUAUGGUGGUGCCUUCUAUAUGGGAUCUGCACAGGGAGAACAAGUUCGUGGCACCCGCAUGCAUGACGGGGAGCAGAUCGCCACCCGUGGCAAUGUCAUCGUGGUCACCUUCAACUAUCGUGUGGGUCCCCUUGGCUUCCUCAGCACUGGAGAUUCCAAUAUGCCAGGUAACUAUGGCCUUCGGGAUCAGCACAUGGCCAUUGCCUGGGUGAAGAGAAACAUUGCAGCCUUUGGGGGAGACCCCAACAACAUCACUAUCUUCGGGGAAUCAGCUGGAGGCGCCAGUGUCUCUCUGCAGACCCUCUCUCCCUACAACAAGGGCUUGAUCCGGCGAGCCAUCAGCCAGAGUGGCGUAGGAGUGAGCCACUGGGCCAUCCAGAAGAACCCACUCUUCUGGGCCAAAUGGAUGGCCAAGAAGGUGGGCUGCCCUGUGGAUGACACCUCCAAGAUGGCCAAGUGUCUGAAGGUCACCGAUCCGCAGGCCCUGACUCUGUCCUACAAGAAUCCUCUCACUGGUCUGGAGGAGCCUGCAUCCAAUAGUCUGGCCUAUGUCCCGGUUGUGGAUGGAGACUUCAUUCCCGAUGACCCCAUGAACCUGUACGCCAACGCUGCCGACAUCGACUACCUAUCAGGCACCAACGACAUGGAUGGCAGCUUCCUGUCCAUUGUUGAUAUGCCAGCGAUUGGCCAGACUAACAAGGCUGUGACAGAGGAGGACUUCUACAAUCUAGUCAGGAAGUUCACCAUCACCAAGGGCCUCCCAGGUGCCAAGGGCACCUUUGACAUCUACACCGAGUCCUGGAAUGACCACCCAUCCCAGGAGACCAAAAAGAAGACUGUGGUGGAUUUUGAGACUGACCUCUCUUUCCUGAUACCUAACAAAAUGGCUGUGGCCCAGCAUAGACUCAAUGCCAAGAGCGCCAAGACCUAUACCUACCUGUUCUCUUACCCAUCACGGACGCCUAUCUUCCCUAACUCGAAAGGAGCUGACCAUGGAGAUGACGUCCAAUAUGUGUUUGGGCAGCCUUUUGCCACUCCUCUGAAGUAUGGACCUGAAGACAGGACUCUCUCUGAGGCCAUGAUUGCCUACUGGACCAACUUUGCCAGGACUGGGGACCCAAAUAUGGGUCACUCGGCUGUCCCUACACACUGGGAUCCCUACACCCUGGAAAAUGACAACUACCUGGAGAUCAACAAUAAGAUUGAUAACAACUCCAUGAAGCAGCAUCUGAGGACCAAGUACAUGCAGUACUGGGCCCUGACUUACCAGGCACUGCCCACGGUGACUGUUGGGGAGGUUUCCCCUUUGCCUCCCAGUGACGACUCUGAGGUGGCUCCCUUGCCCCCAGAGGAUGACUCAGAGGCUGUCCCUGAACACCCUACAGGUGACUCUGAGGAUGCUCAGAUGCCCGUAGUUCUUGGCAUCUAA